ACCUUAAAUGAUUAAAGUUUGAGGUUGAAGGGAUCAAAUUUUAGUGGCAGCAUCAUGGCUUCUUCUACUUCUACUUCUACUUCUAUUCCAAAACCAAGGCUCGAAAAUAAGGUAGCAAUUGUUACUGGUGGAGCUCAAGGCAUUGGAGAAUGUAUUGUGAGGUCAUUCGUAAAACAUGGAGCAAAAGUAGUUAUUGUUGAUAUCAAAGACGACUUGGGAGAAUUAAUUUGCAAAGACUUGGGUGCUGAGUUCGUAUCUUUCAUUCACUGUGACGUAAGCGUUGAAUCAGAUGUAGAGAACGCCAUCAACACCACCAUCGGUAGGCAUGGGAAACUCGACAUCAUGGUUAACAAUGCAGGGAUUGGCGAUGCGCCAAAACUUAGCAUUUUAGAUAAUGAUAAGGCAGACUUCGAGCGUGUUAUUAGUGUCAAUCUAAUUGGAGCGUUUUUGGGAACCAAACAUGCAGCACGGGUGAUGAUUCCAAAAUGCAGUGGGAGCAUCAUCACAACUGCAAGUGUAUGUUCUAUUACAGGUGGGGUUGCUUCUCAUGCAUACACAAGCUCAAAGCAUGGUGUGGUUGGACUAGCAAAGAACGUUGCUGCUGAACUAGGGAAGUAUCAAAUCCGCGUUAAUUGCAUAUCUCCCCAUUUUAUACCAACUCUGUUGGCAAUGAAGUUCUUCGACAUGGAUGAAAACUCGACUGUGUACUCAAACCUUAAAGGCAAGACACUUGGACCACAAGAUGUUGCAAAUGCAGCUGUUUUUCUAGCAAGUGAUGAGUCUGAGUAUAUGAGUGGACAUAACUUGGUCGUAGAUGGAGGUUACUCUGUUCUUAAUCCUUCAUUUGGCUUGUUUUCAUUGGACAAGAUAGAAUCCUAGGUCAACACAUCAUUCUUGUGUUUCGUGUGCUUGCAUUUUCUGAUGUUGUUUUCUUAGUUGAAUAAUGUCAUAUUCU